UCCGCUAGCUUCUGCGCCUUGUAGGAGCUGACUCCUAGGGCAGUGUGAUCCUCCACUUUCCUAAUGCUAUGACCCUGUGAUACAGUUCCUCAGAUUGCGGUGACCCCAACCAUGUAUUUUCGUUGCUACUUCCUAACUGUAAUUUUACUACUAUUAUGAAUCGUAAUGUAAAUAUCUGCUAUUGUGACGACCCUGUGAAAGGGGCGUCAGCUCAUGGGUCUGGAUCCACGUGUUGGGAACCGCUGCUCUAGGGCCUUAGAACCGCCCCUGCGGGUGCCUCCGGCCUCGCCCCUAAGCGGGCAUCCCCCUCAGUCCACGGAGACCUCCCCUGCCGCUGUCCUCAGGCUUCAUUGGCCCCUUGUCUCCCCAGUAACCAGACCACAACAGUGAGGUGCAGCAGCUGGGACAGGUCAGGCACCCGAGCAGGUGGUAGAGCCGAGGCGUCGCCCCCGUCCCCAGCGGGCCCGGGCUUGGAGGUGCGGAGGGCCGCCCCCGGACCGAGUCAGAGCCAAGCCGCGGGACCCAAACCGUGUGUGUUUGGGGAACGCCUCCACUGUGGCCAGGAUGCGUUUGGGCCUGUCAGCCAGGAGCAUAUCCGAAGAAGGAAGCGAGGUCUUCCUGGAGGGACCGGUGGAUUGGGAGCUCAACCGCCUGCAAAGACAAUGCAAAGUGAUGGAGAGAGAAAGGCAGGUGUACCGAAAGGAGGUUCAUCAGCGCAUCAGCAAGCAACUCGAGGAGAUUCGGCAGCUGGAGGCAUUGCGCGCCAAGCUCCAGAUGCAGAUCAACGUGGCACAGAGCCAGGUCAAGCGACCGAGAGACACCAAGCGUUUGGAAGACAUGGAACGCCUACUCAAGUGCAGGGCCCAGGUGCAGGUCGAAGCCGAGGAGCUGCAGGAGCAGAACCGGGCACUGGACAAGCAGAUCCAGGAGUGGGAGAAUAAUAUCCUCACCCAGAGUAAGGAUGCCUCAGCUCCUAGUGCCCUGUCGGCUCAAAAGACAAAGAUACAGAGAAGGAUCAGGAUCCUAGAAGACCAGCUGGACAGGGUCACCUGUCACUUUGACAUCCAGCUAGCGAAGAAUGCAGCCCUUCGGGAGGAACUGGACUUGCUGCGCAUCGAGAGGGGCCGAUACCUGAACAUGGACCACAAGCUGAAGAAGGAGAUCCACCUGCUCCGGGAGAUGGUCAGAGGUCUCAGCAUCUCCUCUACUUUUGCUUAUACCGCCAGGGAAGAGGCCAAGACCAAGAUGGGCAUGCUGCGGGAGCGUGCAGAAAAGGAGCUGGCUCAGAGUGAGACAGAGGCACAGAUCUUGCAGCGACAGAUAUCGCAUGUGGAGCAGCUGCACCGAUUCCUCAAGCUCAAGAACCAUGACCGACAGCCGGAUCCUGACGUCGUGCAGAAGCAAGAGCAGCGAGCCUGGGAGGUGGCGGAAGGACUCCGAAAGACCUCCCAAGAGAAGCUAGUGCUGCGUUAUGAGGACGCUCUGGGUAAACUGGCCCAGCUGAUGGGCGAGAGUGACCCUGACCUGUUGGUGGAGAAAUACCUGGAGCUGGAGGAACGCAACUUUGCUGAGUUUAACUUCGUCAAUGAGCAGAACUCCGAGCUGCACCACCUUCAGGAAGAGAUUAAAGAGAUGCAGGAAGUCUUAGUCAGUGAGCAUGCCAGUCAGGAUUCCCGGCACCAGCAGCAAGAGCAGCAGUGCAAAGCGUUACAGCAGAACGUGGACGAGGUGCACUCUGAGUCCCAAGAGCUGGAGGCACGCUUCCAGGCCCGCCGAGCUCAGCUGGAAAAGCUCAAGGCUGAUAUCCAGCUUCUCUUCGACAAGGCUAAGUGUGACAGCAGUGUCAUCAAGGAUCUCCUUGGGGUCAAGACCUACAUUCGGGAUAGGGACCUGGGCCUCUUCCUGAGUACCAUCGAGAAGCGGCUGGUGCAGCUUCUUGUAGUGCAAGCCUUCCUUGAGGUCCAGAACCAUAUCCCUUUGACUGACGCUGCCCUUCUGGCGCUGGGCCAGAACCAAGAGGACCCUCCAAAGAAGACUACCCCAGUCCAGCCCCCUGACACCCUGGAGGACUCCCCAGGUUUUGUGGUCAAAGAGGACUACCCUAUGAGCAAGGAGGAGCUGCUGAGUCAAGUCGUGAAGUCGGUGGAGCUCCAGGAACUGGAGGAGCCCUUGAGGAAGCUGGACAGCAGCCCAAGCUUGACUUUCUCCAAUACUCAGAUGACCCUGUCAGGCCCCUCCCUGGGGAUGCCCCGGAGGACGAGCACAGUCCCCGAAUCCAUUCUGAGCCACAAGAGAGGCCGUGGUACCGGCUCCACAAGCCAUGUCACUUUUGGUGACUCUGGCUCGGCCGCAGGCCCUGUGACCUUGGCUUCUACCAGUGCCAGUGGAGCACUGGGGUCUAGUCGGGGCUCUCUGUCAGGCCGUGGGGGCUUCAAACACACCAGCUCCAGCAGCUACCUGGGGUCCACUGGCUACCUGGAGACCAGCCGAGGCCGCGAGAGCAUAGGAGGUGGUAUGCAGAGCCAAAGCAUGGGAUCGGAGCUGAGUAGAGGCCCCAGCUCCAGCAGCGGCCAGGCAUCCAGUGCCCUCCCCGCCUCCAGGCCGAGCUCCUCCACUAGCAAGGACUCGAAGGGUUUCAACUAGGGCUGCAGGUCCCUUCCCGCCUCAGUGCUUGACAGGUGUUCUAAUCUUUGCCUCAUUUCUCCCUAGAGACUCUUCAAUCCCUCUACCCAGGCCUCUUGAGUUCCCCCCAUCUCUUUCCCAUCUCCCGCUCACUGUUAGGCCCUGUGUCUUGGCUUGGACUCUGUUGUCCCCCUUCCUCCAUGCUUCCCGUCUCUACCCCAAUAAUCUCUUUCCCAAGCUUCCCUGCGUCUGAUGCCUCUGUCUCCUAACUGGACUCCCCUCUAUUGACUAGGUGAAUUGUAACAAUAGGAAAUAAAGGUCAGAGCCCAGCCUUU